UUCAACCACCAUCUCCAUCUAUGACCUACUUACUCUCUCCCUCCCAUCUUUCAUUCAUCUCUUACCAUCAUGGUUAUGCCUUCCACAGACCCGGCCCACAAUGACUGCACCCGGAACACUGACAUACCCGUUAUCGACCUGAACGGGUCCAGGCAUCGAGUUUCAGAAUCCAUACUCAAGGCCUGUGAGGAGUUUGGGUUCUUCAUGGUUACCAACCAUGGUGUGGCUGAAAAUGUCAUUGCCAGAAUGGAGGCAACCGGGUCUGAGUUCUUCUCUCUACCCGCAUCCGAGAAGCAACGUUCCGGGCCUCCCAACCCUCUCGGGUACGGGUUCAGGAGCAUUGGAUCCAAUGGGGACACAGGGGAGGUGGAGUAUCUCCUCCUUCAUGCUAGCCCUACCUAUGUCUCUUUGAGAGCCAAGACCAUUUGCAAAAAGGACCACCUAGGCUUCAGCUGUGUUGUGACCGAGUAUGUGGAAUCAAUGAGAAGCCUAGCAUGUGAGAUAUUGGAGCUACUGGGUGAGGGAUUAAAGCUGGGGGACACGGAGAUUUUCUGCAAGCUGCUUAGGGACAGUAAAAGUGACUCCUUGCUGAGGCUCAACCACUAUCCCGCCUCCUAUUCCAGCGCUAGAGAUGACUGUAGAAUUGGAUUUGGAGAGCAUACUGACCCUCAGAUUCUCACCCUCCUAAGGUCCACCGUCGGCGGGCUGCAGAUAAUGAAAGACGGAGGGCCGUGGGUCCCCGUCAAGCCCGACCCUGCGGCGUUCUGUGUCCACGUGGGGGAUGCACUCCAGGCUAUGACAAACGGUAGGCUUGCGAGCGUGAGGCACAGAGCUGUAGUCAACUCCUACACUCAAAGAAUGUCGGUGGUCUAUUUCGGGGCACCUCCACCUCAUGCAUCCAUAUCCCCCCUCUCGGAAACGGUCACACCAGAAAACCCUCGACGGUACAAAUCUUUCACUUGGGGUGAAUAUAAGAAGGCCAUGUAUUCUCUAAGGCUCGGCCAAAAUCGCCUCGAUCACUUCCUGAGUAGUAAUGGAGAAGAAGGAGACUGUGAUACAUGAGGAGUAUCCAGUGUGAUAUUUUUCUUAGCUCCCGCAAGUUUUGUUUUUGUUUUCCUGAAGGAAAACUAAGUGGGAGUAGCGUUGUGCUCUAGUGUUAUAGUGUAGCUUCACUUGGAGAAUGUACAGUAGAAGAGUUGUGGAAAAUGCGAAGAUGAUAGGGCAUUGCUCAUGCUUUCAUCUUCGCUUGAUGGGAUUGGAAUGUGACCUGGUCUACCCUAAUUUGUCUCUACGAUUUCCUUUUACCUCUAAAGUGCAGUGGUGAAAGUGUCA